CUUGCUUAGUAUUAAAGUGACCGAAUUCAAAAUCAAUCAAUCAUGAGUUAGAUACACUGUCAUCUUUAAAACAACGCCAUCUGUGACAAACUCCAAGAAACUCUUAAAAAGUUAGAGUUAUACUGCUCUUACAAUGUUUCGGUCUCUUUCACACUUAUGAAUUUGAAGACGCCAUUUUGACAUUACACUGACACAUUCAGUAAUCGUUUAACCGGCUCAAAACGAACAUCUGGUCGUUUGUCAUAAAAGUGACCUAUUAAUAUUUAGGAUUGUGUAACAGUGAAAUCGAAGGUAAGUUUUACUGAUUAUUUUUGUUGUAUUUUGACCCAAUACGUAAUGAGUCUAUUUUAUAUUAAAUUUGUUAAUUUAUUGUACGAUAUAUUACGUUUUAGGACUGUUUAAAACUAAAACUUCUAGAUGAUUCUACAGCACAUUAAUGAUUAGGUCUCUUUUUGAAUAAAAAACUUAGUAAAUUUAUUCGUACACUCUGUAGAAUUCAUUGUUAAGUCUGUUUAUUACAAAUAAUGAUAAUGUAUUUUUAGUAACAUUCAGUAUUUGGUCUGUACUAUACUAAAAAAAAAACGGAAUUUUGCUAUGAAUGUGCUAGGUGAUUUAAGUUCAGGAUUGAGUCACUUUAAAACGAAAUAUGGAACAAAAAAAGAAGUUUCACUUGUUGACCUAUAAUUAUAAUUAAGUAUUUUUUUAUUAGGAUGACGUCGUCUACUUCGCGAUCAAGAAAAAUUCUAGAUUUAAUUCAAAUUGAAGAUAACAUUAUUCCAACUCAAAAUGUUGAUGUUCAGGUGUGUAAAAAUCGUUGAAUUGUCUUUAUGGUGUCUUUCUUUAUUUACGUCUACCUGCAAUUUACUGACUAAUACUUCUUUUAUUGUUAACAGACGAUUUGUUGUGAUGCAACUAAAGAGCCCGAAAAUGUUACGAAUAUUAUUCCAACUCAAAGUGCUGAUGUCCAGGAUGACGUCGUCUACUUCGCGAUCAAGAAAAAUUCUAGAUUUAAUUCAAAUUGAAGAUAACAUUAUUCCAACUCAAAAUGUUGAUGUUCAGACGAUUUGUUGUGAUGCAACUAAAGAGCCCGAAAAUGUUACGAAUAUUAUUCCAACUCAAAGUGCUGAUGUCCAGACGAUGAUAUGUGACGCAUCUAAAGAGCCCGAAAAUGAUACUGAUAUUGUUUCAACUCAAAGUGGUGAUGUCCAGAUGUUAUGUGAUGUUUAUAAUAAACCCGAAAAUCAACGACAUUUGAAUGCCUCUGAGUAUUUCAAACAUACUGAAGGCCGUAACAAGGCAGUUAUAGAUUAUCGUGUGUCACCUGUUAAUUCUGGAGAAAGCGACGCAGAUUUAAGUGAUGGCGAUCCUACUUUCGAAACCGUACAAAAGGGCCAACAGGGUAGUCAUUUGCUAUUUCCCCGUACCCGUAGUUCAAGUUCGAGUAGUAGUUCUUCUUCAACUUCAGACUCAAGUUCAUCAUCUGAUAGCUCUAACGAAGAGACUUUGGAAGAACAGUUAAAUGCCAAUAACACAGAAAAUAGAACACCUGAGCCAACAAGAGAGUUAGACGGAGGAACAAUGGAGAAUCAAGAUAAUUUAACAGAAGACACAACUUCCGGAACACCUACAGUUUCUACUAAGCCAAAAGGUAAAAAACGCACUAGACAACCGGAAAACUGGAAGCAAACUAGAGCAAAAAAAUUGAGAAAUUGUGGUAAGUCAUAUAUUAAUAGUAAAAAUAUUAUAACUAAAGCUCGUGAACUUAAACCACCAUGUAAUGACCAGUGCAGGCUGCAAUAUUCUAGCAAGAUUGAUUCUGUUCAAAGGCAAAGUAUUUUCGACGCAUACUGGGAACUUGGAGAUAUUCAUAAUCAGCGAUCUUUCAUUUUGUCGUGUUUAUCUGAUAUCACACCCAGAUAUAAAUAUACCAAUGCAUUGACCCCACGGCAUUGUAACAAAGCUUUCCAUUUUGUUGUUGCUGGUAAUUCGAUCAGAGUUUGUAAAACCUUUUUUACUAAUACUUUGAACAUAUCCGAUCGUAUGAUUCGUACUGUUAAACAUAAGACUGAUAAACAUGGAAUUUUGAAGACGGAUUGUAGAGGAAUAACCGGUAAUCAUAAAUCAGAUGAAGUAUUAAUUUCUGACAUCAAAGAAUUUAUCAAUUCUAUUCCAAGAACUGAUUCUCAUUACACACGACAAUCAUCGACCCGUGAAUACAUAGACGGUGGAAAAACGAUAGUAGAUCUCUUUAAAGACUUUGAAGAAGUCCAAAAACAAAAAAAUAAGCCAGCAGGAAAGUAUUGCACAUUUUAUAAGGUUUUUAAUACACAAUUCAAUAUAUCAUUUUUUCGCCCAAGAAAGGAUCAAUGCGACACAUGUUUGCAAUACCAGAAUUCAUCGCCUGAACAAAAACUUAUUAUUCAAGAAAAAUAUGAUUCCCAUUUAGAAGAAAAAACCCUCAGCCGACAGGAAAAAUAUAAUGACCGACUUAAAAUUGAUGACAGUAAUAAAGUAAUUUUGUUCGACCUCCAAGCUGUUCUUCAAUCACCUAAAGGGGACACUUCAGCUUUCUAUUACAAAAGUAAGCUCAAUAGCUAUAAUUUCACUGUUGCCUCCUUAAACAAAAAAGUAGAAGGCAAAGUACAGGAAUCGUACAGUAACGUGCAUUGUUAUUUUUGGAAUGAAACUGAUGCAAAAAGAGGUGCCAAUGAAAUAGGCUCUUGUCUACUCCAUUAUUUCGAACAACUUUGUAUCGAAUCCAGGGCUACUAAUGAGGAAGGCAUCAAUCUUAUACUGUAUUCGGACAAUUGCGGAGGACAAAAUAAAAAUAAAUAUAUCGUUACACUUUAUCUUUACGCAGUUACACAUCUUAAUAUUAAUUCCAUCACACAUAAAUACUUAAUCAAAGGGCAUACGCAGAAUGAAGCCGAUAACAUACAUAGCCUUAUAGAAAAAGAGGUAAAAAAGAAUUUAAGAUCUGGACCUAUAUAUUCACCACACCAAUAUGUAUCAAUAAUUAAAAAUGCACGAAAAUCAGGAAACAAAUUUAUAGUAAAUGAGCGUACAUUUCAUGACUUUUAUGACUUGAAAAAGUUACAAGAAGCUUGGGGAUACAAUUUUAAUAAAACAAAGAAUGGAGAUAAUAUUGUAUGGAAUGACGUAAAACUGAUUAAGGUGACAAAGAAAAACCCCUUUUCAUUUUUUAUAAAAAAAUCUUAUAAACAGGAUUUUUUGGAAGUAUGUGUAAGAAACAGGCGAACCAAAAUGUUGCCUUUAAACGAGUUAACGCUAGUCAAAGCGUACACUGGAAAACAAGAGCUAAGUGAAAAUAAAAAAAAAGAUUUACGCGAAUUAUUGUCUAAGAAUUUGAUCCCUAACUUUUAUUCUGACUUUUAUAAUUCCAUUCUUUAAUCAGUAAAGGUAAAGAUGACUCCUCCGUUUUCAUCUUAUAUUUUUAAAUAAUUUAUGUUUUGUUAACUGAUUUAUACCUAGACUGCGGACCUACUAAGAAUACCAUAACGCUGAUUAGAUUCGCUAAGAUCUCUUUUAAUUUUGCUACGAUGUUAUAAUUAUAGUUUAUAAUAGUUAUCAUAGUUUUUUACAAUACUAUAUACUACUUUGUAUAAAAAAACUAUAUUUGCUUUUUGUUAAUUUUGAAGGUAUAUGAAAAUGUAUACUAUUUUUUUUAUUAUAUUUCUCGUAAUCAUUUAAAUAAAGACUUGUAAUUUAAAAAGCGAUAGUUAGGAUAGAAGAGUGAUUUUUGUGAACUGAUGUAAACCUACUUAGAAUACCAUGAGACUGAUUGAUUUAUUGCUUAGAAGUUAAGAUCUCUUUUAAUUAUAUUAAUAAGUUCGGUAUAAAAACAUCUAACAUCUUCUAUUAAUAAGUGUUAAAAUGAAAAUAACAGUUUUUUUAUAAUUUUAGUUCCUUAAUGUUGAUCUCUUUUUUUUAAUUAAAAACCGUAACUACAAAAA